AUGAGUCCAAAGCGCUCCUCUGCCCGCCGCUCAUGGCACCAGCUCUUCUCCUCCUCUGAUAAUGGUGACCCCUUCCCAACACCCACCUCAACAACUCAUCCGCGAAUCCCUCCCGAAGAGGAAAUACCAUUGACGUCGCCGUCGAUGAUUCCUCAAUCGCAGUUGCCCUCCAACUCCACCAAUCUACCACACCCGCCGCUCAGUAGCGAGUCCCUGGCGCACGAGACGGCCGCAGAGGAGAUAGGGGAGGCCAAACACUCGCAGCAGCCGCUCGCCGGAGCACACGACAUCACGAACGACUCCUCCACCAACGUAGAAGAAGGGUCCGGCUCCUCCACCGACGAAGAGGAAGGGUCUGGCUCCUAUACAAACGAUGCCAUCCAGAGGGAAGAUGAAGAGUCGUUCGAGGCCGACGUGUCCGGUUUUUCACUGGGAUCCGCUCCGACGGAUAUCGUCGCUGUCGAGGAGAAGAAAAGGACUUGCCGAGCCGUGAGGAAGGGAGGAAAACCAGGCGCAUAUGUUCGUGUUUGGUCGGCACAAGACGAGGUUCGCAUCCUGGAGGGCCUUGCCAUUCACGUCAAAACCCAUGGCUCUCCUCCAGGUCGCUCGCAGCUGCCCGAUGUCCUCCACGGACACAUUAUGGACAGGAAGGAGUUCACAAUAUCAGAGAUUUAUGAGAAGGUCCGUCGCAUGAGGGAUAAGUACCGUUCUAUGCGGGCCACUGUUGCUUCCGGAGCACCACUGCGUGGCGGCGCCGACGACCUCCGGAAGUACGAGAUCUCCAAUAAAAUUUGGGGUGAUUUGCCACCAUUGCCCAAUGGUGGAAACAAGAAGGGCAAUCAUGCGCCAGGACCACGUGUCCGCAGGGACUUUGAGGAGCUCCAGGAUAUAUACCCUCACCUCGCUCUGGUAGUGGAGAAGAUCGCCGCCGAUGGACAGGGCCCUCUGAAGAGGGCGUUUGAGUUGAUUGAUGAUGCUAAAGCCCGCAAACUGAAUGCCAAAGUGAAGAAGCAGCGGGUUUUGGAGAUUAAGGCAGAGUUGGACCGUGCUAGCGUACGGAAUGAGGUGCUUAGCAUGUUUAUCGAAUUUAACAAAAAUAGA